ACACCACCUCUUGUGGGUUGCUUGCUGUUGCCGCUAUAAGAGGUCUGCCCCGCUCUCAUCUUAUUCCCUUCUUCCCCGUUUCGAAAGCUGGCCGGCGACUGGCGGUGUAAGAUCAUCGAUCAACCGUAGCUUGCGCCGGUUUCUCUCCCAUGGAGAGCACGGAGCUGAAAGUGGAGAUGGUGGCGCUGCAUGAGAAGCGGGUACGGAAAUGCCUGUCCAAAGUGAAAGGCAUCGAGCGGGUGGAGGUGGAGGCGAGCCUCCAGAAGGUGGUGGUGACGGGGUGCGUGAACCGGAGCAAGAUCCUCAAGGCGCUCCGGCGGGUGGGGCUCCGCGCCGAGCCGUGGUCGCCGCACAACGAGCUGCUCAGCGCCUACGCCACCACCAGCCUCAUGUUCAACAACUCCUACAGCUUCUUCUGAUCACCACCCACCUCCGAAUCUGACGACGACCCUUCUGGCGAUGUCCGUUGCGCGCGCUAGCUGUUGCCUUCUACCACUAGUUUUUUUUUUCCCUUUCUUUCUCUGCUUGGGGUUUGGGAACGGGAAGGCGUUCCACAAUGUAUACAGAGAUGGCAUUUCAUUUUUUCUCUUCCUUUGGGUUGUUGGGGACGAUGCAUGGCUGCGUGUUGAGUAGUGGUGACCGGUGAGGAAGCAGCAGGCAGAUGUAAAAUGUGUUCUGCAGGCAAGAGAUUAAGCCGGGGCCUUGCAUGAUGGCGUGCGUGUUCAUGAUC